UCAGUCUCAGUUCGAUUUCAUUUGAUCUGCUCUGCGGUUGUGCCUAUAGAGAUAUAUCCCUGGCACCAUGAAGGCGUGGAUCUGGUUUACGUUUGUCGCGUGCCUCUUUGCGGCAAGUACAGAAGCUGCCUCCAACUUAGUCUGCUACUAUGACUCUUCGAGUUACACCAGGGAAGCUCUUAACACAACUCAACCCACUGUGCUCUGCAGCCGAGCCAAACAAUAAUAAACCGCUCGCUGGGCUCACACUGUUGGCGUUCAAUUAAGCCACUGAAGUCGACGAGACAAUGGAUCAGCAUCCGAGAGGAGGUGGCUCUGGUCAGGGGGAGAUACACCGAUCUCCGAUCUCCGCUCUCCGGUAGUUUUCACCGAGAGCGAGAGUGUUGGGUGUCGGAUCACUGUGCGCAGAUAGUGUCCCACAGCAAUGACCACUUCGAGUCUCUGGGAUUAUUUGUUAUUCGAGUGCAGCUCGUUGUACUUUUCGUGCAUACUAAAUAUGCCAUCUUUUGAAUUUAAACUGUGUUUUUUCCAGGUCUGGGCAAGCUGCUCAAUCCCGAUCUGGAGAUCGCCUUGCAAUUCUGCAGCCACUUGGUCUACGGCUAUGCUGGGCUGAGAGGUGAAAACCUACAGGCGUACAGUAUGAACGAGAACCUGGACAUAUACAAGCAUCAGUUCUCCGAGGUUACCUCCCUCAAGAGGAAGUAUCCCCACCUGAAAGUUUUGUUGAGUGUGGGCGGCGAUCAUGACAUCGACCCUGAUCAUCCCAACAAGUAUAUCGAUCUGCUGGAGGGCGAGAAGGUUCGUCAAAUUGGUUUCAUCCGAUCGGCCUAUGACUUGGUUAAGACCUACGGCUUUGAUGGCUUGGAUCUGGCCUAUCAGUUCCCAAAGAAUAAGCCAAGAAAGGUUCACGGUGAUCUUGGACUGGCAUGGAAGAGUAUUAAGAAGCUGUUCACCGGCGAUUUCAUAGUGGAUCCACACGCAGCCCUUCAUAAGGAGCAGUUUACCGCUUUAGUAAGGGAUGUAAAGGACUCCUUGAGAGCUGAUGGAUUUCUGCUCAGUCUGACUGUGCUGCCCAAUGUAAACUCAACAUGGUACUUUGAUAUUCCCGCUCUGAAUGGCCUGGUGGACUUUGUGAACCUGGCUACCUUCGAUUUCCUGACACCAGCCCGUAAUCCCGAGGAGGCGGACUACAGUGCUCCCAUCUACCAUCCCGAUGGAUCGAAGGAUAGGUUGGCACACCUUAACGCUGAUUUCCAGGUGGAGUACUGGCUAUCUCAGGGAUUCCCAUCCAAUAAGAUCAAUUUGGGAGUUGCCACCUAUGGUAAUGCAUGGAAACUUACCAAGGACUCGGGUCUCGAAGGAGUUCCUGUUGUGCCGGAGACAAGUGGACCAGCACCCGAGGGCUUCCAGUCCCAAAAGCCUGGAUUACUAAGCUAUGCUGAAAUCUGCGGAAAGUUGUCCAAUCCCCAAAAUCAAUUCCUCAAGGGCAACGAAUCGCCACUGCGAAGAGUUUCUGAUCCCACCAAGAGAUUCGGAGGCAUAGCUUAUCGCCCAGUGGAUGGUCAGAUAACCGAGGGCAUUUGGGUGAGCUACGAUGAUCCCGACUCCGCCUCCAAUAAGGCAGCCUAUGCCCGUGUCAAGAACCUAGGGGGCGUGGCGCUGUUCGAUCUGAGCUACGAUGAUUUCCGUGGACAGUGCUCAGGCGAUAAGUAUCCCAUUCUGCGAGCCAUCAAAUAUCGUCUAUAAAACGAAACAUAACAUUUAAUACUUUAAAUAAACAAUUAUCAAUUAUAAAC